UUGAUAAACAAUAAGUUGAGGUUAAGUUUAUUUACAAUUAAUAAAAAAUAACAUUAAUUACGACAAGUAUCACGCAAUGAACACACAAAGCGACGAUACAAAGCCUCAAAUAUGCAGGUUAUGUUUGGCUCUAACCUCAAAAUCUUUUUCGUUAAUUACAAACAACGUGGCUGUGGAAAUGCUUCAAUCCCUGACUUCUCUCAAGAUUCUACCCACUGACGAAAUCUCGACAGUGAUGUGCCUCAAAUGCUCCCUCAAUCUCAAACUAGCCUACAAAAUCCAACAAAACAUGUUAAACGCAGAACAACGAUUUCGUGCCCAAAUUCUAGCCUCAGUGAAGCAAGAAAUCGACGUUCCUCAAAACGGAAAAAUAAAAACCGAACAACUAUCUGAUGAAGAGCUUCCUAAAACGUCUGCACAAAGUACAAAAUCUCUGAAGGAAAAACAGUCAGAGUACGUUUGUGACGUCUGCGGAAAAAAGUUUCCCGCACUCAGUGCCAUCAAGCAACACAAGAACAACGCUCACGUGAAAUUGGAGUGCCCCAUCUGCAAGAAAAAAGUCACGAAAUACAGUUACUCGCACCAUUUUCGCGGCCACACGGACUCAUUCACGAUGUGCGAACUGUGUGGAAUGGUGGUGAAAAAAGUCAACUUUUUAUACCACGUGAAAGCAAAGCACAAAGAGCAGAGUUACAAAUGCGGCUACUGCGACGAGGUUUUUAAACGGACUUUUACUAGAAAUAUGCACGAGAAAAAAGUGCAUUUAGAGCAAGCGGAUUUCGUCUGUGACACAUGUGGCAAGAAAUUUUAUAAACACAGCCACUUGAAAAAACACGUUGAAUCCAGGCACCUUAAAUUGAGACCUCACAUUUGCGAAUUUUGUAAAGUGGGUUUCUCGACUAGGUAUGCGAUGCUGACGCAUCGGAGGCAACACACUGGUGAAAAACCCUACAAGUGUGAGGAUUGCGGUGACGGAUUUAGGCACAAAGUCUCGUUAAAGGCGCACUUGAAGUCCAAGCACAACGUCGAAGAAGAGCUGACUUGUGAGUGCGCAGAAUGCGGGAAAAAGUUUGGCUCAGAUGCAGCGCUAGCGUCACACAAAAGGAUACAUUGA